CCCCCCGCCCGGCGCCACCUAAUCACCCUAAGCCGCCGCAGCCCAUGCCUUCACCCACCCUCCGCCUCCGCGGCGGCGUCCUCGUUCUACGUCGACAGGAUCUUGCUGCCCAGCAGCUUCUCGCACCCGCUCUCGACCUCCUCCCGGGACAAGGACACGGACAAGGACAAGGAGGAGAAUAUCCCGCCGCCGGCGCCGGCGUCGUGGGUGGAGAGGUGGCUCCCGGAGGCGGCGCGGCCGUACGCGAUGCUCGCCCGCCUCGACAAGCCCAUCGGCACCUGGCUCCUCGCCUGGCCCUGCAUGUGGUCAAUCACGAUAGCAGCGAUGCCGGGGGAGCUCCCCGACUUGAAAAUGCUGGCGCUCUUCGGAUGCGGGGCUGUCCUCCUCAGGGGAGCUGGUUGCACGGUGAAUGAUCUUCUCGACCGCGACAUUGAUAACAAGGUUGAGCGCACCAAAAGCAGGCCUUUUGCAUCAGGCGCUCUAACCCCUUCUCAAGGCGUGGCCUUCCUCGGAGGUCAGCUACUGCUGGGAUUGGGCAUUCUUCUCCAACUUAACAACUUCAGCCGUGUUCUUGGGGCAUCUUCUCUUCUUCUGGUGUUUUCUUAUCCCCUGAUGAAGAGGUUCACAUUUUGGCCUCAGGCAUAUCUCGGCUUAACCUUCAACUGGGGAGCUUUGUUAGGAUGGGCUGCUAUCAGAGGGAGCUUAGACCCUGCAGUCAUCCUUCCACUGUAUACUGCUGGUAUAUGUUGGACAUUGGUGUAUGAUACCAUAUAUGCACAUCAGGUAUUUUACUGGUGGCAUUCUUUCAUAUCUAAACUGUGCAAAAGCAACUCAUCGGGAUUGUCGUGGUUUCUUAUGAUCAUAUCUGUUACAUGUCAGGACAAAGAAGAUGACCUCAAAGUAGGUGUCAAGUCCACAGCAUUAAGGUUUGGGGAUUCGACCAAGCAAUGGAUCAGUGCCUUUGGCGCUGCAUCUAUUGGCAGCUUAGCGCUCAGUGGCUACAAUGCUGAACUUGCGUGGCCCUACUACCCUCUUCUGACAGCUGGAGCUGCACAUUUGGCAUGGCAGAUUUCAACCGUUGACUUAUCUGACCGUGCAGAUUGCAACAGGAAAUUUGUCUCAAAUAAGUGGUUUGGAGCUUUGGUAUCCAGUGGAAUCUUGUUGGGACGACUUGCGUCAUGAUAGAUACAUACAAUCAGGCGCGAUGUGCCAGUACGUUCUUUUCUAUGGAAUUUUGAUAGCUCUGACAGAACCAGUACAUUUCUGUGACUAGUUCGAGAAGGACAGACAGAUUGUUUUAACCUUGUCAUCUGCUAAGUGCAGUGUACUGCAGAAUGAAUAUCUCAGGUUAUUUACUGGGCGUUUCGUUGUUCCCCAUUCUCUCCCCAGUGGCAAAGCAAGGAAAACAGGGGUAUAACACUGUUGUAGAACACAUUGCUGUGCAUUUAUGUGAUUAUUAUUCCGAUAUAGGGUCUCUACGACGAGACCAACGAUAGCCCUCUGGGGGAACUAAAAACACGAUUCAGCCUAACGCUGAAUAUUUGGGAAGAUGACUGUCAGUCUUCCACCUGUCCAUUUUUCACAUCUGUGGCUAGCUCAUAGUAGCUGGGCAAAACUCUUGGUGCAGUAAACUGAAUAUACGGAUGGGUUAGUGGUGCAUUGUGUUUGCCGCCAUGA